ACGCAACUGUCAAGACUUGAGCUUCUAAAAUAGCGUAAUGACGCAAACGGACCUCAGGAAAUAUCCAGCUCAAACCUGCCUAUAGUUUCAUUCAAGAUGGUUUUAGAAACUAUUUCAAAGAUCAUAAAAACCCAGCUUCCAGCCUACCUCAAGAAGUUCCCCCUUCCUGAGACGAUCGGAGGAUUUGCGAGGUUAACAGUCCUUGAUUGGCUCCGGUUGCUGCCUCUCCUGGGAAUCUUGGCCCUGCUGAGCUACCUCACCAUCCGGCCCUUCCUGCCCAAGAAGAAGAAGCAGAAGGACAGCCUGAUCAACCUGAAGAUCCAGAAGGAGAACCCCAAAGUGGUCAACGAGAUAGAUAUUGAGGACUUGAAGAGCACAAAUGUCUGCUACUGCCGCUGCUGGCGCUCCAAAACGUUUCCUGUUUGUGACAAAUCACACAUAAAGCACAAUGAGUUGACUGGAGACAACGUGGGGCCUCUCAUACUCAAGAAGAAGAUAAUAUAAUCCAUCUUUAACACCGAGGGAGCCGCCAUCUUCACUCCCUACUUCUGUCUUUGGUUCUUUAAAAAAAAGUCUGUAUUUUAGGGCAUGACCUUUUGCACUCUUCCAAUGUCUUUUGUUUUGGUAAAAAAAAAAAUGGCACAUACUUUCCUUUUGGUGGUGAUAUGCUGUAGAAAUGUUGGUGGCACGUUAACUCAAAGAUUUUACCAUCAACACUUUUGUAAAUCUUAUUUAUUUCAAAUUGACAAUAAUGGACAUUAACAGAGGUUAUACCACAGAGUAGCAUAAAACCUUUCAAACUAUCACCACUCCCUCUUAUUGUCUCCUGAGAACUUUUUGUACAGUGGCCAUUUUCCAGUCUGGUUAGCAGCUCUCGUUAGAAACAGUUAACUUUGGUCUCCUUGGUAGCACCGCUCGGUUCCAAACUAUUGGGAUCACAUUGAGGGGAACUUGAAUCAUGAUUGCAAUUAGGGUAGCAGUAUAUUUUGUGAAGUUGAAAAAAAAUAUGCAUACUUAGCCUUUUCAAUCUCUGAACUACUGCAAGCUUGAAGUCUUUCACUUGCAUACAAACACACUUCCAGGAUUUAUUUUCUCUGCCAUUUCUUUGUUCCUAACCUUAUAAAACAUGCCUUAAUUCUG